CAGACAAUAGAUCAUAUGGAUAAAAUUCGUCCAAACCAUGAAACUCAUUAUCUCUUUAUACACCACAACUUCACCACGCAUAUUCCCCCAUUGCUCUUCUUCCUCAGGGCGUCUUUCAUGCUUCCAUAAUACUAACAACACCAAGAAAACAAUCCGAAACAACGAAAUGAGGCCAUUGGUUCCGGCACGAGACAUAGUUAUAGACUUUGGUAAACACAAAGGGAAGAUGUUAGGAAUGUUGUCAUCUGAUUACUUGAAAUGGAUGUCAAAAAACAUGAACAUGGAUAAAUGGGGAAAGCUAGCGGAAGACGUGUUGAACGACGAAGUAUACGCGGACCGUAUAGAAUGGGAGGUUGCAGAAAGACUAUUAAGCGGUGGUGAUGGGCUUGGGUGUGGUGCAGGUGUGGCUGCAGAAUUGGAAAGUAUAAGCAAGAGGUUUGGGUGGGACUAUAAUGAUAAAGUUGGUUGGAGUAAGGUUGAGUUCGGGUUGUUGGGGACGUCUAAGGGGAGACGAUUGCCUAGAGUUGGUAAUGAGAAGGAUAAUGAUCAUGUGUAUGAAGAGAGGAGUUUCAAGAAACUGGCUGCGAAACGCAUUGGUGGUGAAAGGGAGAAAAGACGAGAAAGAGGUGUAAAGAGAAGGGAACAACGGGUUGUUUUUGGUAGUAAUGAGGAAAAUGAAGUAGUAGAAGAAGAAGAAAAAAUGAAAAAGGAUGAGAAUUAUGAAAUGGAGGAUAAGCGUAGGACUUUACGAUUCCCAGGGAGACGAUCCCUUAUUAACAAGGUGUUGUUGGAUGGUGAUUUGAAUGGGUAGAUCAGAUGAAUGCAACACCAAUGUAUUUCUGAUACUAGGUUGUUGUUAGUAAUUGUUAGUUUGUUUAUAAACUAGACGAAUUGGAUUUGAUUGAAGGCAAAAAUUUUGCUCUUAUUGUAAUUCUCAAUACUACAGUUCCAAGCAGUCUCAAGUGUUUUAAGGGUUUCCUUUUUAUCUGGUCA